AUGCGCGCUCAAUUUUUCGCCGCUGCCGCUUUGCUUGCGACCAGCGCUGUCGCUACCAACACAUGGACUCGCAUCGCUUCUCCUGUUGAUAACCUCAACGCCCUAAGAGUCCGCCAAAGUGGAGGAUCCUUUGAGCCUGAAGGGCGCAAGGGUUCUGGCGACACCUGCAAAGAAGCAUUUGGAGACGGCUAUCUUCAGUGUGGAACAAGCCAAUCUUGCUUUAACCCCAAUCUUGGACACUCCUGCUGCGAUGGAUAUGUCUGCCCAAGUGGUUCCAGCUGCCUCACUAACGGCCGCUGCUGCCCAGAUAGCGAAGGGCCCGAAGCCUGUCUUGGGAAAUUGACUAAGAGUAAUCUGCCCACGGACAUUCCCCCUGCAACUCCAACCGAGUAUCCCACCGAGACUCCCACCGAGACUCCCACCGAGACUCCCACCGAGUAUCCCACUGAGACUCCUACCGAGACUCCCACCGAGUAUCCCACUGAGACUCCUACCGAGACUCCCACCGAGUAUCCCACUGAGACUCCUACCGAGACUCCCACCGAGUAUCCCACCGAGACUCCCCCUGACGACCACUGCGAUGCUCCCACCGACUAUCCCACCGAGACUCCCACCGACCUUCCCACCGAGACUGACACCCCGCCAUACCCAACUCUCUCUCAACCUGAACCUAGCUACACUGCUCAUCCAACUGGCGGGAGCCCAAAUAUGCCAUCCGAGACUCCACCGUACGAUGGCGGUGCUAAUUCGCUCAAGGUAGCCACUGGCGCCGCCGCUGUGCUGGGAUUCCUCAGUUUCAUGCAAAAUGCGUUGUAAACCACUAGCAUCAUAUGAGUACAUGUCCUGUUCCCCUGAUACAUGGUCAAUAAUCAGGGCUGUGCUGUUUUUGAAUAUGUACCGAGAGGUUAUUUCCCGCUGAAGUAAAGUUCCUUGAACUUUAUAUAUGAUGAUUCAUGUACCUCUCUCGCUCCAGGCAUUUCGUUUGCAUGAAUAUUCUUGACUGUGCUGGAUUCUGUCACUCCUUUCGAUUCUAGCUUACAUAUAGUUUAGCCGCUGCGGGCUCACCAGUGGGAAGUUGUUAUAUUAUAUUUUUAAAUACUACUUGAAUAUCUGAAUAGCUAUAUUUUAGCGCACACCGUUCAUAGAACCUAUGAUAUCACAAAGCUCACGGGUUAUAAAAAAAGCAUGUCGGGCCGAAAACCCGCGCAAGCAGCAAGCUAGCACCCAAGUGAUAAAUAGCCCCACAAGCAAAAAGGUCAGGCCUUUAGAAGUCUCGUUCAAACGAACGACAAAGCUGCAUUAAACUCACCUUAGGAAAGGGGUCUUCACAUCACCUUCGAAUCUCGGAUCAAACGCGAGCAUCAUCCACAAGAGUUGAUUUGCUCACGGUGGAAACCCGUUCUCCAGUCAUUCGUUGGGGCUGAGGGACCUGCAGGGAUGGGAGGGGGAAAAAAAGGCUCCCUCCUGUAGGUUCGCUCCAGACUGAGCCCCCUUCUAAUCCGGUGGUCAAUGUAACUACAAAGCAUUUGCCCUGCCACAGGCCGAUCGUGUGUGGAUGGAACGAUGACGUGCCCUCCGCCCCCCCCCGCCCCUCCCAAAGCGGCUUUUCGGCUUCAAGUUCUCCUCAAGCUCUUUUGCCCCAGUAGCCUACAAGAUCUAUCAAUACAACCUUCAACUAUCCUACAUCAGGUGUUGGCACAGGGUCUGCUUACAUAACGAGGUCGGGUGGGGGGCACUUCUUGGAGAAAAUAAAUAAGAGACCCAACGUCCGUUUGGUAUUUCAGUCAUUGGUUAUGAAAUUGUUACGAAGAUGAAUGAACAUCACUUUGUCACCCAGAGGCGACAGCAAUGAAAAGAAAAAGGAAAAAGGAAUAACAUUCAAGAGUUGAAGCGAGAAACAAACUGCUAAAGGAAUGGAGAUCAAAUGAUAAGAAAAACUACUUCCCAAGUCCACCGAGGAAAUUAACCCCUGAGGCGCGCUCUGCCAUCACAACAGCAAUACCCGAUCCAACAAUAAGCUCAAAGGAAAUCAGGUCCUUCGCAGCCUCAAAUAUCGUAAACGACCCCAUUCUACGAUCAUCCCGCCGUUGCUUCCACGCAGCCAGAAGCGUGUUCCCAUCUUGCGUCUCCAGCUUCAAAUUCCCCCUGCACCGCGGCGCCGUAUCAUCCAAUCGACCCAGGAUAUCCAUGGAGCCUUUCCACAUAAACUGUGUCGGGUUCGGAGAAUUUGGCGCUGAUUUAGCGGGUAACUCUUCCUCCAUCUUAUAAUGCCUGGUCCACCCGCUGCGGCUAAUUGUCCAUCUCUGCGGUGGCAGCCCUGCAUUGCCAUUCUCGACAAGAUCAAGACGAGCCUUCAUUCCAGUGAAUCCCUGCCAUCCCCUGGGGCAAAAAUUCACAAUCCGACCUGUAGCUUUCUCUGCGACGCCUGUGUUCGAUACUGGAUACAUACUAAAUUGCGGCGGGAGCACGGAUAGGAUAUCUUCCCAGUGCAUAUCCGUCGUGAUGAAGGUGGGGAAGUAGGCGCCGUUGGUUACAUUGUGGAUCGUGAGCUGGAGGUUUUGCGGCAGGAUCAGGCCAAGCGCACUAGAUUUCUCGACUUGGAAUUUGAGGUAUGCUGCUGGCUUGUUGUUGGCUAUCUCGAUGUUGCCUGAGGCGCCGUUUGGGUCUACGGAGACUUCCUUCUGCGCGCUGUCUGGGUGGUUGUUGUGGAAGACUUCCUUUUGAGUGCUGUCAGGGACAACUCCGGUUUUGCUUGAGGAUGACAGCUCUUUGUUGCUCUGAUGGUUUGCAUGGCGAUUGUAAACCUCCUUCUGUGUAGCUGGAGGUACCACUUCGAUGUUACUUGAGGCACCGGGGGUCUUGCCCUUUGCGUCUGUUUGGGAAGGGGAUAUAGAUCCCAUGACUUUUUUAUCAAAAAAUACAAAAUAAAAAUAAAAAUAAAAACAACCAAACAAUUCGUAGAUUCACAGAAUUAUAACCCGACCUUUAAGCUUAUUAUA